AUGUCAGAAAUAAAAAUUAGUUCAGAAGUAAACGAAAUCAAAGAAAAAAUAAAAAGUUUAAAUAUUGGUCAAGUUAGCGAGUUGGUCGAAAGUUUAAAAGAGGAUUAUAAUAUCCAAGAGACAGCCGUAAUUCAACCAACAGCCGGAACCCAAUCCACCGAAAAAGUUGAGGAAAAAAGUGUAAAAAUGGAAAAAGAAGGGGCCAGCAUAGUGCCAGUUCUAGGAGAUAUCGUCGCAGCCGUUAAGGAAUUAAAAGGAGAAGAAAUUACUAAACUUCAAGCCAAAAAACUCGCCGAAGGGGGAGAACAAAUUAUUCUAGCGGAUAUUCCCCGGGACAAAGCCGAAGCAUUCCAAAAGAAAAUGAAAGAAAAAGGAGCCAUA